AUGUCGAGCGCCAACUAUUCUCGCUCGCACCCGUACCCGCCAGACGCCAAUGCGCUGCUCGAAGCGACGCGGCGUCACGCCAUCAGCCACCCGGUCUCGACCCUGCUCGUCACGCUGGCCGCUCUGGCCGGGUCGUACCUCUUGGCGCUCAUCUACUUUCCCAAGACGUCGGCGUGGUCCAACCUGCCCGGGCCAAAGCGGCACUCGUGGUGGCUCGGCAACCGCAACAAUGCUCGGAUCGGGCAGGGCAAGAACGAGGGCAAGCCGCGCCCGCCCCUCAUGACGCGCGAGGGCGACGACCUGCUCGACGUACCCGACGUGGCCAACGCCGCCCUCCUCGAGGACUUUGAGUCGGACAACGUCAUCCUCCCGCGCCCGCUUGGUGGCGAGCUCCUCGUCACCCGCGACCCGGCCGUAAUGAACCAUAUCCUCUCCGACAGCCACGGAUACCAGCGCAGCGCAGCCGGUACCAAGGCCACCAAGAUCAUUGUCGGUGACGGCAUCGUGGCCGUCUUUGGAGAUGAGCACAAGAAGCAGCGCAAGAUGGUGGGACCGGCAUUCAGCGUCGACCACCUGCGUGCGCUGGUGCCCACCUUCUGGGACCUCACCAACGCCAUGGUCGACCAGAUGGAAAAGGACCUCGACUACGAGGCCAAGUUUGGAAAGGACGCCAAGGACGCCGUCAAGUGGUUUGGACGUGCGACGCUCGACAUCAUCGGCAAGACGGGCUUCGACUACGACUUCGAGGCCGUAGCGCAGGGGCCCAACGGCAUGUCGGUGCGCUCCGCCUUCCACGCCGCCAUGACGUCGACGAUGAACAUUGGCGCCUUUGACGCCAUCGUCGGCGGCGUCAUCUUCUUUGUCGUCCCCUCGCUCCACUUUCUGCCGGUGACGGACAAUGUGCGCAAGAUGCUCGAGAUGCGCAGCGAGCUGAUCCGGACCUCGCAGAAGAUUGUCCAGAUCAAGGCCAAGCAGAUCCGCGAGGAGCUGGCGCACGCGGGCGACGAGACGUUUUCGGGACGCAAGGACAUCCUGCACCUGUGCAUGCGCGCCAACAUGUCUCCGGACAUCAAGGAGGCCGACCGCCUCUCUGACGAGACGCUGGCCGGCCAGAUUGUCACGUUCCUGUUUGCCGGCCACGAGACGACGGCGACGACGUUGAGCUGGUGCCUCUACUUUCUCGCCAUGAACGCGGGCCUGCAGGACGAGCUGCGCCAGUCGAUCCACGACGCCCUCAAGCAGACGUCGACCGCCGUCGACGACCUGCCCUCGCUCGGGUGGAACGAGAUCAACUCUGCGCCCUUCAAAAAGGUCGAAAACGCCCUCGUCGAGACGCUGCGCCUGCGUCCUCCGGUCUCGACGACGUUCCGCACGGCGUUCCGCAACGACCAGAUCCCCACGACGACGCCCGUGCGCACCAGGGAUGGGCGGAUGCAGUCGACGAUCCCCAUCGAGAAUGGCGCCGAGAUUGCCCUGUCGAUCUCGGGCAACUGCCUGGACGCAAAGUACUUUGGACCCGACACGCACAUCUACGACCCGUCGCGGUGGGACAACCUGCCCGCCGCCCACGCCCAGGCGCGCAUGCCGCCGCCGUGGGGCUUCUACGUCUUCAACGGCGGACCCAAGAGCUGCAUCGGCAACCGCUUCGCCAUGACCGAGAUGAAGGUCAUCCUCAUCAAGGUCCUCCUCACGUGGCGCAUCGAGCCCGUCGAGGGCAUCAAGCUCAAGAGCGUCCCCGCCGUCGUCCAGCGCCCCGCCGUCGUCGGCAGGGAAAAGGAGGGAAGCCAGCUGCCCCUCCGCUUCGUUAGGAUCUGA